UAUUACUGUUUGCUUUAGAGAGAGAAGCAACCAGCUGCAAUUUUAAAUACUGGUUUAGACGGAGCACGGCCGUCGAUGAAGAAACCUCCAUUCGUCCCCAACCGAUCUCCUCGAUGCAUCUCUUGGCGUCUUCUUCCACGUCUCUUUCUCAAUCGCUUUCUUAUUGCGAAACUCCAUGGCCGAUAAGAUCCCGGAGACUUGCAGCUGAUCGUGAGCAAUCACGGUGCUUUUCUGAAGCAAGGCUCAGCUUCCCUCCAACCCCUUCAUGGUAUUUUUUAUUGCUCUACUUUGAGAUACACGGUUUCGUUUCUCCGGAGGAGUCUUUAGGGCUCCGCGACGUUGGCGUGAAGCGAAGGGGAAAUUUAAAAAUGACGUUAUUUGGUUUCUCUUCUACUUCAAUCUUAUCGGGGAUCGAGGCCUGAUUGUCUACCCGAACAAUUAAUAUCCGUUACUACGCUUGUUUGAAGUUUGCAUUUCUGAGGUCGUUGAGCUUGUGCGGAAUUGAUGAAUUUUCCGUCGGAGGCCAUCGUUGAUAUCAUUAUUGCCCAUUCGAGGAGGGGAACGGGGGAUGCUAAUGGGGAUUAUGUGAGAUUGGCGCGGUCUGAUGAUGUAGUAGUAGGGUUGGAAGCUCAAUUAAGUGCAACACAAUGGGAGAAAUUUCUGUGGUGGACGAAGGUGGUUUUCUUGUGUGUUUUUCUGGGAACGGUUACCGCAGCUAUUGUGUUCUUUCUUGGCCCGGUGCUCAUACGAAAGGUGUUUGUUCCUAUUCUGAAUUGGGAAUCAACAACAUUUAGUACUCCAAUUCUUGGGUUCUUACUUUUUGCUUCAAUUGCAUUAUUUCCUGUUAUAUUGCUACCUUCUUCACCUUCUAUGUGGAUUGCUGGAAUGACAUUUGGCUAUGGUUAUGGAUCUCUACUGAUAAUGUCAGGCGCAAUUAUUGGCAUGUCAAUUCCAUAUUUCAUUGGUUCUUCUUUUCGGAGCAGAAUACAUAAAUUGCUGAAGAGAUGGCCAAAGGAAUCAACAAUCUUCAGAUUAGCUGGUGCAGGAAAUUGGCUUCAUCAAUUUCAUGCUGUUGCAUUGAUAAGGAUCUCUCCAUUUCCAUAUAUUAUUUUCAACUAUGCAUCUGUGGCAACAAAUGUGAGCUAUUGUCCCUACAUAUGUGGAUCUCUGGUAGGGAUAGUGCCAGAGAUUUUUAUAACAAUUUACAGUGGAAGGUUGCUGCGGAGCUUCGCAGUUGCAUCCGACGGUGGAGAUUUUCUGUCCUUGCAACAGAUCAUCUAUGAUUCGGUCGGCUUCUGUGCCGCCCUGACUGCCACCAUUGCCAUCACCAUUUAUUCCAAGAGGACUCUCCACACUCUCCAGGUAAUGGAUGAGCUCAACUAAUUCCCUCCAUUUAAGAGCAUCAUGAGAUCCUAACAUCACAUUGCAUGCAUACCACCCAAUUCCUAAGCAUCUACAUAUCUAACACAUAAACUUUACUCUUUACAU